AAGCGGGGCGAAGGAGCAGGACACUCAGCAGCCGGACUCCGCUGCAAACCCUGAGCACCCCCUCCGCCCGCGCCCCUCCGGCGCCCGCGAAGCGAGAUGCAACCGCCACGCUCCGGCUGAAAGGGGAAGGGGCCGGCGCCAUCCGCUCGCUCCGAAUCCUGUCUCCGCGGCGGCUGCGCGUCCCGGCCGCGGCCCCCCGGGCCCGGGAGUGAGCAGGAGCAGGAGGAGGAGGACAACGACGAGCGGCCGGCCCGGGGUUGGCCGGGGCUGGGGAGGAGGGACGGCGCGCGGGGGAGCGCGCGGGGGGCGGGGAGGGGGCCCCGGCGGAUAAAGAUGGCAAUGUCUCUCAUCCAAGCGUGCCGCAGCCUGGCUCUCUCAACAUGGCUGCUUUCCUUUUGUUUCGUGCAUCUGGUCUGCCUGGACUUCACCGUGGCCGAGAAGGAGGAAUGGUACACAGCCUUCGUGAACAUCACCUACGCCGAGCCCGCGCCGGACUCCGGGGCCGGGGCGCCGGGCGGCGGCACCACCGCCACCGAGCUGCACACCGAGAAGAGCGAGUGCGGGCGCUACGGGGAGCACUCGCCCAAGCAGGACGCCCGCGGGGAGGUGGUCAUGGCCAGCUCGGCCCACGACCGUCUGGCCUGCGACCCCAACACCAAGUUCGCCGCCCCGGCCCACGGCAAGAACUGGAUAGCCCUCAUCCCCAAGGGCAACUGCACCUACAGGGAUAAGAUCCGGAAUGCGUUCCUGCAGAACGCCUCCGCCGUGGUCAUCUUCAACGUGGGCUCCAACACCAACGAGACCAUCACCAUGCCCCACGCAGGUGUCGAAGACAUUGUGGCAAUAAUGAUUCCUGAGCCCAAAGGGAAGGAGAUAGUAAGCCUGCUGGAGAGAAACAUCACUGUGACCAUGUACAUCACCAUCGGGACCCGGAACUUGCAGAAAUAUGUGAGCCGCACCUCGGUCGUGUUUGUGUCCAUCUCCUUCAUCGUCCUCAUGAUCAUUUCCCUUGCCUGGCUGGUCUUCUACUAUAUCCAGAGGUUUCGAUAUGCAAAUGCCAGGGACAGGAACCAGCGUCGACUGGGAGAUGCAGCAAAGAAAGCAAUCAGCAAGCUUCAGGUCAGGACCAUCAAGAAGGGUGACAAGGAAACGGAGCCUGACUUUGACAACUGUGCCGUUUGUAUUGAGGGGUACAAGCCCAACGAUAUCGUCCGGAUCUUGCCCUGCCGGCAUCUUUUCCACAAGUCCUGUGUUGACCCCUGGCUUCUAGACCAUCGCACCUGUCCCAUGUGCAAGAUGAACAUUCUUAAAGCCCUAGGGAUCCCGCCCAACGCCGACUGCCUGGACGACUUGCCCACGGACUACGAGGGAUCUCUGGGAGGUCCGCCCACCAACCAGAUCACAGGCGCAAGUGACACGACCGUAAACGAAAGCUCGGUCACUUUGGACCCUGCUGUCCGGACUGUGGGAGCCCUGCAGGUCGUCCAGGACCCAGAUCCCGCCCCUCAGGAGGGAGAGAUCAUCUUCACCACCAACAGUGAGCAGGAGCCAGCUAUAAGCAGUGAUUCUGAUAUCUCACUGAUCAUGGCGAUGGAGGUUGGACUGUCUGAUGUAGAACUUUCCACCGACCAAGACUGCGAAGAGGUGAAAUCGUGAAACGGCAAAUAGAGAAAAAAGGGAUGGUAGGACGCGAGGGGAAGGAAGGGAGGAGUGCCCCAAGACUGGACCCGGCACUCACAUCUCCAGAACACCUUGGCAACUCCAGGGCGCUCCACUCAAGAAUGGUACCGCAAAGCAAUAUCCAAAGUCACGUUCAUCAGGAGGCAGUGUCUCCAUCUCUGCAGCAGGCCCUGGCCUUGGCACCUGGGAAGCUGAAAGCUGAUUUUCUCUCCCAUGUCCUUGUAGACACACACUUCAGAAGUUCCUGAAACAGACUGAAAGGACACUCUUAGAGCUUCUUAGUUUCAUUUCAGUUUUUCCCGGGGUCUUGCUUUCCUGUUUGGGGAACGUGGUUGAUUUCUUUGGAGGUUUCUUUUUAAGGACUAUGUGUAGUUUACAUUAUGUUCACCCCUUUGUGUUUCCUUUGAUUCACUCCAGCUUUUGUACCGAGUUCUGUUUAGAAGCAUCAGUUCCUGCUCUGACCAGUUUGUAUUCCAUCUCUGAGAUUAACGGCCUUUACCUCUCAGCAUGAAGUGUGCACGGCUUUGGGAAGUGCCUCGGCACCUUGAAACAGUCUGAGGCCAGCUUUCAUUUAGAAUCUAAAUUCGUUUAAGUGGGUCUUCAAACUCCCAGCUGCCAGAGAGCCCAACACCGAGCUCUGAAUCCGCGGAGGCCACGGCUCAUGCUUUUCAGCUACACACUCUGGCUUCCACUUGCCCAGCUCUGUUAAGGACCCAUGUGACUUGAGAAGGAAGCUCUAGGGAGGCACGUCAAUCCUUCUGGGUCUUAGCAGUCUUUAACUGAAAUGCUGAAAUCACAAUUUCCCUCUCGGGGCAUUAGCGCCAUCCUGUGUGGCUGUAGGGCUUGUCCGUCGCUGGGACGACAAGCCUAAUUUUCAAACCAGAUACCACAUACUCUUCCUGAAAGUGAACUGUCUGUUGCGUCGGUUUCCCCAAGGCUACGACAAUUUCCUGUUACCUCCACGAGUGGGUCCUGCAGGAGAUGGAAGCUUUAGAAAAGAUCCAAGCAUCUUUGGAUCCAACACAGUGGGGGCUGUGAGAGCAUCCAGGUCUUACCUUAAUUCCAGUACACUUCUGUUCAACCUCACCAGACUUCGAGGAAGGAUUCAGGUGAAUCCUUGGGAAACUGCUUCCCAGGGCUCCCCCGAGUGCAUCCAGAUACCAAGUGGGAGGUGGGAGGUGGGAGUUGGGGUGUAAUGGAACCCUCAAUCUAACAAGUACAGCAUGGGAAUUGUUAAAAUCAAGUUUCUCCUGACUGAGAGACAAAGUCCGAGGGAGAGGAAACGAGGUAUCAGAAUGAAUUCUGAAAAUCCACCUGGUGUUUUUAAACUCUUUAUGUUUUUAUUCUUUUUUUGUAACUAUGACAGAGAUGUGCUAUUUUUUCAGUGGGCAAUUUUGUAAUACAUUUGAGACUCUCCAGAUGCACGGAUGACUAAGGCAGUGUAAAUUGUUCCUCUGGACCAUUAUAUGGAUCACCUCGACAUCUGUGAAAGGCCAUGCUGCUGGGCAUGGGUUACCUGGGAAAGAAAGCUUCUCUCAUUGAGUUCUUUACAUAUGUGAUGAGGCCCUUCUGCCUUGCCACACUCAUCCUCAUACAAAAACAGUAAACCUGUGCUGCCUGCUGGAACACGGUGUAGAUGUCAGGGGAGACCCCUGAAGGCUCUUUUUUCUCUGCUUUUAACGAUUCCCUAUUUGAUGCUUUCUAAGUAGGCAGCAAAGGCAGAGAAAAUGGUCACCGUCUUCAGAAAUGUCACAUCUCUGUAGGAGUCCAACACUUCCUGCCAUGAAACGCAGGGUGUCCAAGCAGGGAGAGUAAAGGCAAUACGAAUCCAGAGUCAGGAGGCGGAGAUGAGCCACGUGCUUGCUGGGCCUUGGCUUCAGCAUCUGUAAAGAGGAGGUGUUUAACAAGAUGAUGCCCGAGGCUCCUUCCGGUCCUAGGACCACUAAUGAGCAUUUUGCCAGGGGGACCCAUUUCUAGCAGUGAGUGAUGACACACUGCAGACUUUCUACCUUGGGCAGGCAGAGUUACUUGACAUGUAACAUACAACAGCUUUUUGAGACUCAGCACGCCUGUGUGGCUGAGACUGACUGUCUAAAUAAUGGAAGUUCUAAGGCCAAGGAGAAGUUGCUUUGUUUUGCCUUGCUUUAAAAAACCACACUUAGUCACAGAGUCUGCAGUCUCUGGUCACCUUCAAAUCCUCAUUCUCAGUGUGGAAUUCUUCAUCUCAAGGUGUUUCUUUUUCUAGAUCAGCAAAGGCCUGUACCACCUACCCCUCCUUCAGUCCACUUUGUCCAAAACAAAGUUCGGUAUUAAGUCAAAGGGAAUGAAGAGGAUAAUUAUAUAAAUUGGAUCCCAUGCCGAGAGAGAAAAUGCCUUUAGGAUUGGUGGGUGUUCUCUCUUCCUGCCAGUGACCGGGUAGAUCAGGAAUUGGUUGCUUAUAUGUGCCGUAGCCCAUCAGCCCCUAAAAGAUGCUGCCUAGGUGAUGACAAGCCCAGGUGGCAGAGCUGAGUCUGUGGACCUGACCCUAGGAAGGUUCUGCUGCAAGCUCCCUGAGUCUAGAAGGUUCUCCUUUACCAAAGAUGUGUUUCUGAAGAAUUUUCCCAUGACUUUGGUAAUUUUAAGGGAAAAAAAAGUAAUUAACUGGCAUCAGUUCAGUUCAGUUCAGUCGCUCAGUCGUGUCUGACUCUUUGCGACCCCAUGAAUCGCAGCAUGCCAGGCCUCUCUUGUCCAUCACCAACUCCCGGAGUUCACUCAGACUCACGUCCAUCAAAGGUCCAAAAAAAAAUGGAAAGAGUCAUUCCCACACAGAUCAUCCCCCCCAAAGAAUAAAUCCUGACCUGGGCCCCCCGUGGCUCAUAGAAAGUAUCAAAGGGUGUGGGAACCCUCUUGAAGCAUCUGCAGACUUGAUGUGCAUUUUUCUGUAGGGUCUAGACCAGCACUCUCCAAUAGAAAUAUAGUAGAAGUCCCGCAUGUAAUUGCAAAUUUUCUACUGGCCACAUUUUUAAAAAGUGAAAGAAAGCAGGUAAGAGUAAUUUCCAUAAUAUACUUCUUCGUUCCAACAUUACUGUUUCCCCGGUAAUUAGUAUAAAAAGUAUUCAUGAAAUACUUGGCAUUCUUUUUCAUACUAAGUCUACUAAAGGCAGCGUGCAUUCGACAGUCACUCAGCUGUCCAUUUGGACUGGCUAAUGCUCCAGUCCUCAGCAGCCACACGUGGCUCGUGGUCACCCUUGGAGAACACAGGGCUAGAGCUUCUCCAGCAUUCUCCCAAGAUCCCCUGACCCUUACAAAGAAAAGGGGUUAAAACCUAAUUACCACUAGAGAGAACUGGAUCCCACCCAGGUCGCCUAAUGAGAGGCCCAGAGACCCACUUGUCUUAUAAUGGAUUACUAUUCAGACCAUCCUUCCUGAAAUUUUUGCUGGACCUGUUUAACCAUACCACAGAUGUCCGUGACCAUUUGCUGUUACUUCCUUGACCAGUUUUUUUGUUUGUUUGUUUUUUAAAGAAGUCACCCAAAGCAUGUUGGUUUGGUGCUGAGACAAAAUUAGAUCCUUCACUUCCACCCUUGGACGGAUGUGCGUCACUCAGGAGCCAAACAGAAUUUCAGAUUCUAGUAAUGCAGAUUUACUUCCACCCCUGGUCCCCCUGCAGAUGGUCUUUUCCUAGACCCAGUGGCCCCUGGCCCCAUCACUAUGGCUAAAAUGCAUGGAUUUGGGAGGAAAAAGUGGCAAGGUACAUACUGACUCCAAAUCCAAGACUCUGCGUGGUGUCCUCAACACAGGCGAAGUCUUAGGAGCUUGUGACUUUCCAACUUCGAAUUGGUGAAUUAUGAUACCCUGCAACUCAGAAACCAGCUCUCAACUCAGAAGUAAGAAUCCCCCUUCGGCCCCAAGGAUGUGGGCAAGAAAACGAGCAUCCCCAUUCCCUCAGAGUAAUUUAGAGUCCCCUCUAGGAAUUGCUGCAUCCUGUGUGGCUGGUCCCUUGGGGCAGAACUGAGCUUCGAUCAUGAAUAGAGCAUCGGUAUUUUGAUUUCAUCUCUAGGUUUGGAUCACCUCUAAAGUGUCAACUCUGUCAUCCUGGCAGGGAGUGAUGGAGAGCUUGGAGAAGGUACAAAGUUAAAAGCGGCAAAGGCAUCUACCUUUUCUGAUGUCACUGAGUUAUGAUCAUGAUCAUGGAGGCAAAGAGGGUGUUUUGGUGGCUUUUAAUUGGGGGAUAAUUGCUUUACAAUAUUGUGUUAGCCUCUGCCAUACAGCAACAUGAAUCAGUCACAGGUCAAAGAGGUUUCUCUGUUUUGUUUUCCCUCAUUCUGCUGGAAACAUCCUGGAUGCUCCUGGGUCUGGAUUUGGUUAUCCCAACCCAUGGUACCCAGGCUAGUUCAGUUAGUGCUCUGACAUUCCUGAAGCUGACAUCCUUUCAGAACCAAAAGCGAUGACAGACAGCCUGUCUUGGACUCUUAAUACCAUCACAUUCAUUGAGUCGAGAUGAAAAUUCUUGCAGAGCAUUGUCUGUUGAAGGUAUCACCUGGACUAAAAACAAAGAAACCUCAUCAAAGCAAAACCCUUUCAGAAAACCACAGAGAGAGCCACACCCUCUGUGGAGGAAGGAUCCAACCCUCUGUGGUAACAGAGCCUCUGAGGUCAUUUCUGGUAGCAUUUUUUAAUAAUACUUUCAUUUAGAUUUCUUUCCUUUUAUGUCUGGAUGUGUCUCUGGCUCUCUGGCUCUCUCUGACUGCCUAUCUCUUUCUUUGUCUGCACACCCCCGCAUGCAUCCUUUUUCCAUCUUUCAGGACAGAAAAACCUUAGUGGAUCUGCAGAGGUGUUAUUAUUGUGAUUACCGUUGUUCCUGUUGUUGACGUUUUUCUUCUUUUUAUUGUGUGGCAGAAUCUAUCUUUGCAGUUCUGAUGAGGAAAACCAGUUGACUAUAAAAGCAAAUUAACUUCCUCUGUAGUGGAGUCUGCCUCAUUUUCACUUCUCAUGUCACUAAUUUUAUCACAGACCACCUCUAGCUAUUGCCUUAAAAAAAAAAAGAAGAAGAAGAAGACUUCCUUGCCAUAAAAGACUCCGAGGCAAAUAAUGGCAAGGUAAUAAUUUCAGAAUACUGCCUAACCUGUUAUCUUCCACCCCCAGCAUCUGUGACCUUCUCAGUUCACCACGGGCCCCCAGGGUUAGGAUUUCUUGGAAAAACACAUGGGCUGUACCGUAUCCGAUGUCCACUCCUGCCUCUUAACAUCUUGGCGCAAGAACUUGCUCUUUGUAAGUGAUCUGAGAGGCCACUUCUUCCUCGAGACUGAAAAAGAGGCAAAAAGAAACCAUUCCCCCAAAGUGGGGGACGCGUAGUUCCUUAUGAGGUGCCCUGCAUCACAGAACUCCCUCUGUGCUAUUUGCAUGGGCGGAACUGAACAGUACUUUUGAUGAGGGCAAUUAAAAGGUGCUGAGGAUAUGGCUUCCUGAUGACUCAGUGGGUAAAGAAUCCUCCUGCAAUGCAGGAGACACAGGAGAUGCCAUUUCAAUUCCUGGGUCAGGAAGAUUCCCUGGAGGAGGAAAUGGCAACCCACUCCAGUAUUCUUGCCUGAAAAAUCCCAUGGACAGAGGACCCUGCUGGGCUAUAGUUCAGAGGGUCACAAAAAGUCAGACGUGACUAAGCGUUCAUGCACAGGGUUGCUUUUACCCACAGGGAGUUAGAAAAGAAGAUGGCAGGGAAUGUACAUGGAUGCUCUUCCCGAAUCAAUGAGCAUCCUCAAAUUUUAGAGCUCACCUCUUUGGGGGCUUGUGUUCGUCUUCAGGAGUUUAACGCUUGUGAGUUAAACACUCCUGAUUGCAAAGAAGGUUGGGAUUAUCUAAAAAAUAAAUUAAUUCUGAGAAGCAGGUGUGCGUUUCUCAUCACUUGCCUCUUACCUUCCUGCCCUCCCCUCCCCAUCUCAUGACUCCAGGCCCCUUGUAAUUUAUAAAGACCCACAGAUGAGAAGCCACACUGUGCUCUUUGAGCCUUUGGGUGUCACUAAAUUAAUCAUCCCAAAACCCAAGCAGUGCAUCCAGAUCCUGGAUGUAGGCUCUUCAUUAUCAAGUCCUUGAAUUGCAAAACCCACUCAUUCUGCACAGGAGCUGCUGAGGUUAUUUACAUCUCUCUUUACUGGCCUCUAAAUGACGCCUGCCUUGAGUGCUUCAUGACCAAGUGGCUUCUCCAGAAAUCUCCGUGGUUAAAGACCUUCUCAUCCUUGUGCUACUGUUAACAUUUGGAUUUACCACCAAGCCAUUCUGUCUCUGGCCACUGGAUAAAUAUUUGUUGAGGAUAAUGAUAAGUCAAAAACAUGUCUCUCUCCAGAGGCUCUGUAGGUGUGAAGAGAGGGAGGGAGAAAACCCAGGGACUCAUUCUGAGUCACCUAAAGUCGUUGCUUGGCAGGACAUCUGUGGUCUUGUCAUCCUAAGACUUGGAGAAGCAGAGAAAAUCAGGUGGGGACCAUGUGUACUGUAUAAACCAAAGACCAUCCAAACGUGUCCACCAUCCAAAGGGACACAUGUUUCUUCCAGUGGCUAGUUUAACUUUUUCCCAGUGUGCUCAUAAAUAAAAGUGAAGUUGAUUCACUUGGUCGAAUGAAACUGUGAAUGAAAUCUUAGGGGGUUUUCUCUUGCAGGCUGGAUUUCUCUUAUGAAAUCCAGAAAUCUAAAACAAAAAAACAGCAUCAUGGCCUCAGUACUGCGCCAUCUUGACAGUCGAGUACAUAGUCUCCUUUCCCUCAAAAGUUUCAGACAAAUUGAGCGCUUUAUUGAACUCAGAAUAUUGUUCUCUUUGAGAAUGUGAAGAUUUUAAAUAGCCAAAGAAUUUUCAUGUAUAAGAGCUAGUUAAUUAUAGCAUAUCCUGCUCUUUUGAAGAAAAUACCAAACUAUUGCCUGUAGUAAUAGAUCACGAAGCAAUGGCAGGACUAUUAACAUAAGGACUUUGCAGUCUGUGUGUGUUGGCGUCUAUGGUACUUAGUGGGAAACGGGAUGUUAUUGCAAGGGAGCAGGGCGCCCUCUGCUGGAAUUCUCACCAUCAUCCUUUCAGCCAACUCAUCUGACGAGAGUCACCAUUUCCUCAACAACUAGUAGUGAUUUGCCUUUUAUUGUAGUUUCCUCAGUAGUUGAGAAUUUGGUCCACUUUUGUCAAAAUAGGGAGGAAUGUCACAAACUCUGAAAAUUGGAGGAGGGCCCCAUGGAACAUCUCUCUGUCAGCAGCCCCCUUCUUCCACAAAAUGUUGAAAGAAUAUCGUUUGCUCUGUUUGCAAAGGAGAUGCCCCUGGCUGGAAUGUUUGUACAGAGUUCUAAGACCAGGGCCUAAUUGUUUUGUAACGUUAUCUCAACUUUUUUCUUGUCAAAUUGCAAAGGAAGAUCAAUAAACAGACUUCUUUCAUAUGAAUGUAAA